AGGAAAAAAAAAAAAAGGAAAAGCCCUUAAUGGACCCAUGUGAUAUAAAAAUGAUAAUAAAACCCAAAACCCUACAACUUUGGUAAAAUCUCUCUACAGAGUACUGACCCCUUCUUCUUCAACCUCAUUUUCAGUCCCUUCUAUCUCCAUUUCCAUCACCACUGCAACUAAUCUCUAAGCAAGCUAUGAAGAAUCCAGUUUGAUCGAGUCAAGAACGGCCGUUAAGUUGAUUGAAGCAGAGGAGGGAAAGAUGGAAAUGAAGAGAAAAUCACCACUUCAGCUUGAAGCCCUCGAGAAAUUCUAUGCUGAACAGAAGUAUCCUACACAUACGGCUAUGGAAGAACUUGCUGCAGUCUUGGACUUGACAUUCAAGCAGGUCCAGGGUUGGUUCGUUGAGAAAAGGAGGAGGGACAAAAGCAAAGAUAUAUCUAUUGAAACCCCCUGUCCGAGCAAGAAACUCUCAGUUGUUAAAGGAAGAAAUGGGUUGAGAGUUGCGCCUGCUAAUAAAAAGACACAUAAACAGCGGGACAGCUUGAUUAUGCAUGCAUCUUCAGAGGCUGCAGGCAGGAUUCUUAAAAAUAAGAGGAGGAAGAAGAAGCCAAUUCUUCUUCAGAAUUUAUUGACUCCAGACUAUAUUUUAAGGAAGAUUUUUCGCAAAGAUGGUCCUCCCCUUGGUGUGGAAUUUGUUUCUCUUCCUUCGAGGGCAUAUCACUAUUGUAAAGACUCCAGAAAUUCUAGUGCUGCUUGUGAAGAGAAUCAAAGUGCAAAAAGGAGAAAGGUAUCCAAGCAGGGCAAAUUGACUUGUCAGGAUUACAAUGACGGUGCUUCUGUUAAGAAGCAUGGUAUUGGCAAAGGCUUGAUGACAGUAUGGCGGGCAACAAAUCCAAAUGGUGGAGAUUUUCCUACAGGAAUUCCUUGUGUUGACAGAGAAAUAAUACCUCAAAUAUCAACUCCUGUCUCACGAAAACCACUAGGUCAGCAAAAAAAACGACGACAACUAGUGUCUAUAAUGAAACAGAGAAGGUUGGAAAAUAAAUCACAACAGAAGAGGAAGUUUUCUACUAAACGAAAGGUGGAAUCUAAAAGAGAUGAGUCUCAGAAUCAGCCCCGCAAAGAAAAAUGUGAACUUGCUUUGGAAGGAGGUUUAUCUCAGGAACGUGUUGAUCAAUUGACAUUGCUAUUGGAUGAUGAAGAGCUGGAGCUGAGAGAAUUACAAGCUGUAUUGAAUCCAGUUACAUGUUCUGAUCAUUGUGCAAACAAUGGACUGCAUGGUUGUUCCCUUUGCAAAGAUUUGCUGCCCAAAUUUCCUCCAAAUUCUGUAAAGAUGAAGCAACCAUUCGCCAAGCAGCCUUGGGAUUCCUCUCCAGAGACCGUGAAAAAACUAUUUAAGGUUUUCCAUUUUCUUUACACAUAUUCUGUUUCAAUUGAUAUUUGCCCCUUCACUCUUGAUGAAUUUGCUCAAGCAUUCCAUGAUAAGGAUUCUUUGUUACUUGGAAAAAUUCAUCUGGCCCUUCUGAAGCUUCUUUUAUCUGAUGUUGAAACGGAGAUUAGUAGUGGAUUUCUGCCCAAUUUGAGCGUAUCUUGCCAGUUUCUUGCACUUAUUCAUUCGGUUGAACGUCAAGAAUUUGUUGUGGAGUUUUGGAAGAAGUCUCUCAAUCCCCUUACAUGGACAGAAAUACUGCAUCAAGUCUUGGUUGCAGCUGGUUUUGGUUCAAGGCAAGGUUCAUUUCAUAGGGAAGCCCUUAGCAAGGAGAUGAGCCUCAUGGUGAAGUAUGGCCUACGUCCUGGAACUUUGAAGGGUGAAUUGUUUAAACUGUUGUCACAGAGAGGAAAUAAUGGAUUGAAAGUUUCUGAUCUAGCAAAGUCGAUGGAGAUUACUGAACUAAAUCUUGCAAAGACGACCGAGGAAUUGGAACUUCUAAUAAGCUCUACUCUUUCAAGUGAUAUUACUUUAUUUGAGAAGAUCUCGCCAUCUGCUUAUCGUCUGCGCAUUAGUACUCUUUCAAAAGAAGCCAAUGAUUUUCAGUCUGAUACUGAGGACUCUGGAAGUGUUCAUGAUGACUUCAAUGAUAGUGGAACAUGUAGCAGCAGUGAUUCUGAGUGUGACUCAGAUAAUUCCAAUUCAAGAAAAUCCAAGCAUACUAACCAUCACAGAAGUAAAAAGAACAUGUUGACAGUUUACAAUGAAAUUGAUGAGAGCCACCCUGGAGAAGUGUGGUUGCUAGGACUCAUUGAAGGUGAAUAUUCAGAUUUAAGCAUUGAAGAAAAGUUGAAUGUUUUGGUGGCUUUGAUUGAUCUUGUCAGUGCUGGAUCCAGUAUUAGAAUGGAGGAUGUGAAAAGAACCACUGUUGAAUCUGUUCCAAACAUGCAUCAUUAUGGCUCUGGGGCAAAAAUAAAGAGAUCAUCAUCAAAGCAACAUAAUUUUCCCAGGCCAUCCUGGGUCCAUGUUGGGCAAGUGAAUAAUUCAAAAGAACCAUAUUCAUCAUCUGCAUCUCACCCAAUUGAUUCUUCUGUCUCAAUCCUAAAGUUCAAUGAAGGGGAAAAGUCCUCUGGCAAAGGGAAAGACAUGAAAGAGACAGAACUUGGAGUCAAUUUGCAUCCAAUGCAAUCUAUCUUCUUGGGUUCUGAUCGUAGGUACAGUAGAUAUUGGCUUUUCUUGGGCCCUUGUAAUUCACGUGAUCCUGGCCAUAAGAGAGUUUAUUUUGAAUCUUCUGAAGAUGGUCACUGGGAGGUGAUUGAUACUGAAGAGGCUUUGCGUGGUUUGUUGUCAAUUUUGGAUGACAGGGGAGCAAGAGAGGCUCUCCUUAUUGAAUCUUUAAAAAAGCGGGAAGCUUUUCUUUGCCAAGAGAUGUCAAGUAACAUGGUAAAUCAUGCUGAAAACAGGCGCUUGACACAAUCAGAUCAACCUGAGCUGGACAUAGUUCGAGAAGACAGUACAUCGCCAGUGUCUGAUGUAGACAACAACCUGAGCCUGCCUGAGGUCAUGAAAGAUUCUCUGCCUCCAUGUGGUGCUAUAAUUCUUGAAGCAGGGAAGAAGGAGGAGGAAGACAACCACAAGUGGAGCCGUCUUCAGGAGUUUGAUGCAUGGAUAUGGAAUUAUUUUUACUGUGAUCUUAAUGCUGUGAAACGUGUCAAGAGAUCUUAUUUUGAAUCGCUUACCAGAUGUGAAACUUGUCAUGAUUUGUACUGGAGAGAUGAGAAGCACUGUAGGAUUUGUCAUACAACAUUUGAACUUGAUUUUGAUCUUGAAGAAAGAUAUGCCAUCCAUUCAGCCACAUGUAGAGCGAAAAGAGACAGUGAAAUGUUUCCAAAACAUAAAGUUCUGUCAUCACAGUUGCAAUCACUGAAAGCUGCAGUCCAUGCAAUUGAGUCAGCUAUGCCAGAUGAAGCUUUGCUGGGUGCUUGGACAAAGUCUGCUCAUAGGUUGUGGGUCAAAAGGCUCAGACGCACCUCAUCUUUGGCAGAGCUUUUGCAGGUUGUUGCCGAUUUUGUUGCUGCAAUUAAUGAGGAUUGGUUAUGUCAAUGUGAUGUUGCGCAUGAUUCCAAUACUUCUAUGGAAGAAAUUAUUGCGAGCUUUCCAACUAUGCCUCAAACAUCAUCUGCACUUGCUCUCUGGUUGGUGAAAUUGGAUGACUUAAUUUCUGCAUAUUUGGAAAGCAUUCAGCCUGGAAACAAACAGGAAAGUGGAACCAAAUGUGCAGGUAAGGAUGCUUCCAAGCAAUAGAUCCAAGUCUCAUUGGAGCUCAUGGCCAUGACAUUUAAUGUUCGAGGUGUGUGUUGCUAUUGUAUCUGUCCCUUUUCCGAGUAUUGUUGAAACAAUUUCCAGCUUCACCGCCUUUUGCUUUUGAGGAGCAUCAUAGUAAUGCUUUUAUGGUAUGAAUUUACGGGGCUGAAAGCAAAUUAUAUACAAAGUUUGUAUAGAACAAAGCUUUGAAUAUUUCCAAUUUUUACUGUUGCUGUACUCGGGCAGUCGAGUAAAUUAGAUUUUGUACAGCAUUAAAAUAGACAUUCAUAAUCAGGAAAUUUUAGUCUCUGGUACAUAUUCUUACCAUGACCCUUAGCAGCAAAAAAAAAAAAAGGAUUGGUUCCUCUGUUUUCUUGUUGAAAAGGAUAUUUUUGCUACUUGUGGUAUUUGGUGGAAUCAAAUUUUGUCAAUUUACGCUUGACAGUCCACUUUUGUUGAGGGAAAAUAAAUGUUGUCAAUGUAAAGAAUGCAAUGCUGAAAUGAAUACGAGCCUACUUUUUCCUCUA